AUAGUAAUAACGUUGGUGCCGUCGAGGAGAGUAGUGUCAGGACGGACUGGAAAUGGAAAAAGAUAGAGAAUACGUGCGUACACGAAUCUCUCGUUAUUCUCCCUUGUAUCGUACGCAACGAGCAUUCCCGUUUACGUAGAUGCAUUAUUAGUGUGUAUGUGUAUAUGUAUAGUAGUAGAGUAUAGUAAAGUGUUAUAGUGGAUGGGUGGACAUAGUGGUGGCAUAUAGGUGGAGAAGCCAGAGAUCAUCGAGCGAAUCCGUUUCAUUGUCGUACGAGCCUUGUUCACUAUCGUUCUCUUAUCGAUUCUAUUUCUAUCUUUUUUUCUUUCUUUCUUCCUUUCUUCCUUUCUUUAUUUCUUUCUGUCCUUUUUAAUCUUUCUCUCUUAAUCUUUCUUCCUCUCUGUCUGUCUAUUGGUCUCUCUCUUUAACACUGUUUAACUCUUUCAUUCUUAAUAUCUCAUUUUUACUACAAGUUUUAAAUUCGAAGACAACAGUGAAGAAGGAAAGUUUUUCUAAGAAAGUUAAAUAAUUUAGAGACAAGUGAAAAUCUUCCUUUUUGGCUCGAAUUAAUCUACCGUGCAGGAUAAUACAAUGUGAACGUAGGGGAAAGCCGCAUACCGCUACCACGGGCGGCUCGACCAUCGUUUUUUCCCAAAGGAAGGGUUUUAGGAGGAACAAAAAUUGGUACUGGUCGUCGCCGAUCUCUUGUUCUUAGUUGUAUGCAAUCAGUGAAUGGAGAAGACGAUAUUUCAAUACCUAAUUUAAAGUGUCCUAACCGGGCUACGUCAACACCUUUGUCUUCAGGAAACACGGGGAACGCAAUUUUCGCGAUAUCUCCUGUCUGGGACAUCGAAGAAAAUGAUGUGCAAAAGUUGGUUUAUUUAAGUGAAGAAAAGAAUAACUUCUUCAGCUUGCUCGAAACCACUGGCACGUUGAACAACAGGAUUGAGGACGUAAGCGACAGCUGUCUCAGAGAUGCCAGCUUGGGUCCCUAUAAAGAUAACACAUCCGGUACACCAUCGCACUAUUUGAUGCUUAAUAAACAAAACUCUUUCGAGCACGACGAGAGUCUUGGUAUAUUGACGCCUGACCAGAUGACCGACUUUACGGUCGCGCUGGAAUGCUCCAGGACACCAUCCUGCGAGAAUCUAACUGGUUCCGGAGGUUCAAGAUUAGCUCUGACUCGAGCUUCAGCCUCAAGACCAUCAGUUGAUGCUGAACCAACGGAAGAAGGUUCAAGCGAGCGUACACCAUCACCGGAGGAACUUCCAUUAGAUCCAAAACCUGCUGAACCUGUGAGAGGAUCCGUAGUCCCGGUAAGCUUCGUUACUUCGGUGACUAGCAUCACAAGUUUAGAAGCAGGUUACCAGGGCGACGGUGAAAACUCAAGGCCAGCUAGUCGUGGGGCUGAUCCACCUUCAGUUGCCCCACCACCAAAUUUACCGGCUCCUUGUAGACAAGAUCCUAUGACCGAUUCGGAUUUCUUUACCGAAAGUGAUGCCGAUGCGCACGAAGAAAUUGUACGUGGUGAUAGAAAAGCACAAGUGAUUGAUGGAACUUUAUUUUGUGCACCUGGAGGGCGACGAUGUCCCAGUUUCACUGGCGAGGAAAUGGACUCCAGUGGUAUUUAUUCAGAUCUUGAUAAAAAGCAAGAUGAACGACAAGUUUCUGGAGAGGCUUUAGACGAAAACGAGGAUAACACGCCCGAUACUGUUGAUACCGAAGUUUCACAAAGAAGUCAACCAUCUCCUGUUAAACCAGAAGUUACACAUGUGUUUUUAGAUUUCGUACAAAUGAGUCCACGAGUUUUAACCAGUUUAGUAGAUUCGUCAAAUGAAGUGGAUACGACAUUGCAAACUGCAGAAAUUACGGUUAUCGAAGUUAAUAGGGCAAACGAUAUGCCUAGAAUUAAAUCUUCGAAUAAAACAGAAUCGAGUUCUUUAAAAAAAUACAAGAUGCCUAAGAGAAAUGUUGUAUCGAAGAUUAAAGCGAUGAUUGAAUCCGGCCCUAAGGAUGAGGCGGAGAAGGAAGCUAGACGAUCCCAGAGAUCUCAAAGAAAAGGAAGUCGAUGGGAUGCGGUGAUGAGUAAGAUCGAGGCCGGUAAAAACGAACAGAGAACGAGAUCCUUAAGAAAGGAAGUUAAAUCUAGAGUUUUACAAGGCCUAACGCAAUCACCAACUCUUGGAGCAACAUUACAAAAAGUUACUGAUGCCGAUAAUAACAAUAGCAAGGAUAAAAGAAGAACACGUGGAAGACAAACAGUAAAGUCACCCAUGCAAGAGACAGCUAGAAGCUCGGUUCGAAGUUCCAUGAGCGAUCUCAGCAGUGCUCCCAGUAAAGAAGCUCGUAAGAGAUCACCGACGUCGGGAAGUUCACCAAGAAGAAUUGUAGCAAAUGGUCGUAAUGGUCAACAGGGUCGUGUCAAUAGUUUUCGAGAAAAGAAAAAUUGUUCUUCAGUGGCAACAAUCAAUCUUGAAAAGAGCCCGACGGCGUCGCGCAAGCAGCCGAUUACAAGGAGAUUAACGGCCAAUGUCCCUGCCAAACAACCAUCACAGCAACGACAGCAACAGCAGCAGCAACAGCAACAACAACAACAACAACAACAGCAACAACAACAACAGCAGCAACAGCAACAGCAACGUGCCACAAGACCAAUAGAAAAAGAUAACACAAACGGCUAUGCUGUAUCAAGGACCAACACCAUCGAAACUUGCGAUCAGGCCGCUCAAACAGACGUACCCUAUGAUGUUUUUCACGUUAAGAGGGCUGAGCAGGUCAUCCAAGCUUUAUCCGUCACCGUACAAUAUUUGGCAUAUGAACUGGAUGCAUUUUCAACGCCAAAACUGAAGAAAAAUUACGAGAAUAUGAAGACCGAAUGGUUAGCAGCGUGCUCGGAUGUGGACGAGCUACGAGCGAGACAUAUUAACAUGGAGGAAAGAUUGAACGCAGCAAGGAAAGAUCAUUGUAAAGCCUUGGAUCAGCUUCGUGAAGACCUGGAGAGCCGGCACGCGGAACAGCUGGCAUCUUUAGAAAACAAUUUCCAGGAGGAGAGACAGAAGUGCGAGUUCAGGCUAAACGAUUGUUUGAACGAAGCGACAAAGGAGCACCGAGCAGCGAUCGCGAGGCUACGAUCCGAACAUGAGGCCGAAUUGAUGCGCAAAGAUUCAGAAACCAAAAGAAGAUUGGUCGUACACGAUCAAGGUGCAGCCUUGGCGGCGGAAGUCGAGUCCUUGAGAUCUGUCUUGGAAUUGAAGAGUCAAGAGAACGCAGCCUUGAGAUCGGAACUGGACGGCAUACGCCGAGAGAUCGAGGACAAGGACAUAUUACAGCAACGGGUAGAGAUGCUUGAAGCGAGAUGCGAAGAUUUGAAGGCUCAGCUUCAGUGCAAGGAGGCAAUGGAAAGACAGAUCUCUCAUAACAACGAAAUGCUCCACGAAUCGAUCCAUCAGGUCUCUAAACAAAAUAAACGUCUUUUGCAACGUAACGAAGAAUUACAAUGGAGGUUACGUCAAAAAAACGAGGUAGUAACAGUCCUGGCGAAUCAAUUAGUCUCGCCACGACUGUCUAGAUCCUUAGGUCCUGAACCCAUAGAUCAUACGAUAUCGUUCGACAAGAAUACCCAACAAUCCUCUUCUAUGAUUAAGUUUUUAGUUGAGAAAAGCGAUUCGGUCUCAUGGACGCUUGACUUGGACGAAGCACAAACACCUGUAAACGCACCACCGAAGCUAUUAACACCGGAGGGUUCCUUGUCGGUAUCUCGACAAGGCUCUUUGAGGCUCACGCCACGAAGAACUAGUAUUGAUUCGAGAGCCAGAUCCAAAAGUAUCUCCGUAACAGAUUCCGCGAGAACCGAAGAUUCGAGCUGGCCAUAUUCCUCUACACCAGUUAACUCACGAAGAAGGCCCAGGAGCGACCCGUCAUCUUCUUCAACCUCUUCUUCCUCAUCUUCCUCAUCAACUACUUCAUCCUCAUCAACAGCUCCAGCCAAUCCCGUCGUUGCAGUUGCCGUAGCUGCAGCGGCUGCCGCUGCCGCAGCUGCCGAAGAUUGCAACCCUGGCCAGACACCUCAGGAAGCUGGCGGCGAAGCCAUGAUCUCUGAAGAGACAUCUGCUUCCAGCAGCGAGGACGAAUCUUCUACAAGCAGCGAUAUACCUCGUCUUCCCAUGCAAUUUGCUUGGGGAAAACCCAUCAAUUAAUACACAAAUUAGCCAAGAUUUUUGUUCAUAAGACCGUAAGGAUGGCAUUUCGCUUGCCCUGCCUAUCGACCCUGUCUCCCUUCGUAUUUUUUCUCUUUUACGUGGUUGCAUUUUUAUACUUUUGACACCCCUCUUUCUUCAGAAUCUUUCUAUCGAAGAUGUGAAGAGAAAUACACGUACGAAGCCAGACAUUAAAGUUGAAUGUUUGUGGACGUAUAUAUACAUGAUAUUCGAUAUCCAUCAAUAUCAAAUACUUCUAUAUUCUUAUAUGUUUUCGUUAUGACUUCAUAGGAAGUUUUUUUGGUUUUUCUUUUCCCUUUUUUGUUUUUAUUUUUUCGUUUUUUUAAAUAAAGUUGACCGCGUAUUUGUGUCAUGGACAAGAGUAUCGUGUAAAACCAUUAGACAUUCAUAAUUAUUAACAUAUAAAAUGAUAAAUGAAACGAAUUUCUUGAUUUUUGUUUCCCUUGAUGAGUCUUGUAAUUAAUUGCAAAAUAUUAUAUUAUUGUUUCAUUCUAGUUUAUUUUUCCUUUUUUUUCUUUUCUACUUCAAAAUCUACUCGUUCACUAAUAAAAAAAAAAAAAACAAAGAAAACAUUCUAUUAUUUACAAUGUAUACAGGUGCCUAAUACUUUUGGCCCAAGGAUGUGUACAUGUCAACGGAUUUAUCUAAUCAUGUAUAAGAAAAAAAUACGUUUCGGUCGUCUGGGCCAUUACUUAUUUAAUUCGUGUCACUUUUACACAUGUCCGUUUUAUAAGAAUGCGAUUACAUUAAGUCUGUAAAUAGGCAACGAUGUUUAUAAAUUAAUUAAUUUUUAUCACAA